UCCGAAACCCGACACCACACGAUCCGCAGUGAGUAUCACACUCGAUUGGGUAGAUUGUCAAUACGUAUUUGACCAGAUAAUCGCUACAUUCCUCGGCAGCUAUUCGUAACGCAUGAUAAUGCUUGGAACUGAAAGGGAUCGAAGUGCCGUAAAGUACCACACCAAGUCUACACAGUGACGCGCAACAUCAUCGCCAGAAGAAUGCCGUCGCUUACUCCAUACUCUCAUAUACUCUGAACAUGUAAUGAUAACCGCAUCACCCAUCAUCUUUAGAAGCAGCACAUCCCACAUCCCUUCUCUCACCACAUAUCUCCCCAACACCAAAGCAGCCUUCUUCACAGUCGCCACAACCCUCAACAUACCCGGCUGCAGCAUCGCCCUCAACACCACCCACGCCGUCGUAUCCGCGCUGAAAAGUCUCCAAACCACAGUUCCGAACCUCAAGGCCCCUCGCCUCAUCAUGCUCAGCUCCGCGAGCCCAGAUGCAAAGUUCUGGCGCGACAUGCCCUCGUUCGUAUACUCGAUGUUGCUGAGCGCUUGUUCACACAUCUACCGUGAUCUUGCGAAAGCCGAGGUGUAUUUCACGAGCAAGAGUACUGUUCUCGUGAUGCUGGGGAGCUGACGCAUGAUGUUCAGCGGGGGAGUAUGCUUAGUAUGGAGAAGGAGCAUAUGUUUGUUGGCUUUUUGGGCCUGGCGGCUGCGAUGAUUAGGGCUGCGGAUGAGGAGGGCGAUAGGUGGGAUGUGGCACAUGUCAGUGUAUUGUUGAAGGAUGCGAGGAAGACUAGUUUCGAGUGGUGGGCGCCCGUUUAGGUGUCUAGGUGUUUGAUUGUUUGUUCCUUUUGAUGGGGGUUUGGAUAUGCAUAGUAGGCUGUUGUGAGUACCUCGGAAGAAACUUGGUAUCUUGACAGCCUUGAGCAUAAUGCGCAUUCAGAUUAGAGUAGUCGACCAUAGCUUCAAGGAAACAUGUCGUUUGGUAUACGUUGG